UGUUGCUCUCAAUUUCUGCCGCACAUCGACGGCAGCACCCUCGCACUCUCCUCCGUGAAGACCCCUGCCGUCUCUGCUUUCUCCUAUACUCUUGAUCUGUGCUGUGAGCGGGUAUCACAUCCAUUAGCCUGCCUGCAAUGAACUCCCCAGGCAUCCGUCCCACUCGCGGGAGGCACCGCAAGCAACUAUCCGCACUGCGUCUCUCGUCCGACUCCACUGUGACAACCCUGCCGCCAUACACCUCCCCACCCUGGUCCAAGCAUGCGUCCCUGGACAUGUCGGACUCGGACAGGCCCCCGGACUACCCAGACAGUGCCGAGGAGGCCGACGCAGACACCGAUUCCGACGAGGACAUUGUCUACGUACAGCCGCCCCUCCCCCAACUGGCCGCACCCAGGGGCAGCCGCAUCCGCCGCUCGCACUCGCAGCUCCAGUCACCGCGCUCGCACUCGAACUCACACUCCAGCUCGUUCUCGCAGACGCACCGGCGUCAGCAGAGCACGGCCGGCAGCAGCGAUCCUUAUCUAGACUCGCUCCUCGCGCGCAGCGUGCAUGCGCUCGAGAUGUCCAACGUGCUCCUCCAGUCGUCAAUGUCUACCCAGAGUAGUCUAUCCGCUGUGCUCCAGAACGACCCUAUAGCGGACCUCUCGCUCGAGGCGCGCGCGCAGAUGCUCUCGCGCCGCGUGAGCUCGGGCCGCGGCGCCCAUGGGACGUGGUCGGACGACCUGGACGAGAUAUACCGGGGCGUCGAGGACCUUGUGGGUCCCCGGGAGGGGGUCGAGGAGGAAGAGGAGGUGGAACGAAUUUCGAAGGCAGAUAUGUGUUCCCUCAGCAGAAGCGCCCCCGCGUCAAGCUUCGAGGAUAACUUCAGCAAGGGCCCUCCGACCGUGGGCGCCGAGGAACGGGUACAAGUACGCAGGAGACCAUCAUUACGCAGGCCGUCGCUGGACAGCAUGGGCGGCUCGCAUCUCGAGUAUUCGAACCACGAUCGGAGUCAUUUCGUCGCACCGGCCCCGCGAGCUCUGACUAUCUACGUCGACUCUACGGAUGACCCUGAUUCCAUUACGUUACCCCCCACCCUGGGGCUGCGUACCACCGCGCACUUUCCACCUACACCACUACCUUUGCAAACCACCAUCCCGGACACCGUCCGCGAGGUAUCGCUCAAGCCAUCUGACUCGAAGAAGAGCAUAGUCGACGUGCUAUCGUCUUACGUAGCACCCCCUCCUGCUGCCGGUCCAUCCGGCUCUGCGUCCUCAUCACCCCGCUUCUCAAUCAUGUCGCGUAGUGGUAGGAGUUCGAGCACGAGUUCGGGCUCUAAAACUGUCCGCCGUGUCAGCCAGUCAAAAUCACCACCCGCGACUACGUCCCCCUCCUUCCGAUCCCGAUCGCUCACGCCCAUGCGCACCGCUACACCUCCCCGCGCUCCCCGCCCCAUGACCCCACCUAUCGAAGAACUAUCCGCCUCAUCGUCCUCAUCAUCAUCCGAGACGCUGCACGUAGACCGCACGCUCGAGUCCCUACGCACCAUCCUCGGCAAGCAGCCUCCAUCCGCGAUCUCCCCGAGCAGCAGCAAGAGCACGCCUCCGCCCCUGCCCCGACCGUCACUACUCGCCCCACCCACCGUUGAGCCCGUCUCCGGCACCUCCAACGCGACCGCCUCCAUCUCGCGGCUCUUCACGAAGAGCCGCCAUUCCUCCUCCACCCGCCCACCGUCUCCGCCCCGCCAGUCCGUCCUCAAGAACCGCUCCGCGCCCCCGACACCUACGUUCACCGCCCCGCCGACGCCGUCCAUCGCCGGAUUCCCUGAGCCGUUCGCGGGGCUGCACCUCAGCAUGCCGUCUGUGCCCGGCCUUCGGAGCUCAGGCUCGUCCGGGCGGUCGACCCCCAAGCGCAUCUCGUUCGCGGAGCUGCCCGAGAGCUACGCGGGGAGUAAACCCGGCGGUGCGCCGAGCAAGUUCAAGGGGAAGGAGCGGGCGAAGGGCGUGGGCAAGGGGAAGGGGAAGGGGAAGGACGACGAGGAUGGCGGGUGGUGGACGGGCUGGUUGUUGGGUGCGGCGGGCACGGGGAGCGGGGCGGGCUUGAGCAUGGGCGCGGCGAGGGAGGAGAGGGUGAGAAGCCCUGGGUGGAGUACGCGACCUGGUUAUGUUGGUGGGGGUUGGGAGGAGUGGGGGGCAUAGCAAGUCGCGUUGUAUUGCAGUUUCUUGCUUUGAUGAACUGUAUAACUUAUCAAAUACUAACCUCGGUCAUGAUCGUCACGCUCGUGCUACGAACACUCACUCUCCCGGAUCGGAACUGUUAUUGCUUUCUUGUCUCCGACUGCGUUUUGGAUGUUAGAUCCGUCGCACGGUCGUGUUAGAGCCCCGUCUUGCUCAUCUGUCCCUACGCAACGUUUAUAUAUCCCCUCAGCACGAGAUACCACUUCAUUGACAUGACACACGGCUGUAUACGUAGCAGUAGCAAUUGGUUUGCAUUAUAUGCAUGCACCCUCAGUCUCAUUUCGGUCGAUGGAU